CUCCAGCAUUCAAGUUUGGAUUGCGUUAAAAGGGGCCCCAGAGAUGUGGAUCAGUUGGUGUCCUUGGUGGAGUGGUACAACGCUACGGUGGAUCAUCUCCAUGGUUCUUCUCCAAAGUCAUCCUUGAUGGGCGGAACUUUUCCUGGAGUCCUUGGCUACCCAGGGGCUGAAGGAGAUUUCUUCCCAAUAAAGGUGGAGACAGAAGAAUCAUAUUCUGAAGAUGAACCUCAGCCAGUGGAAAAUGCACUUUCUGGACGGGGUUUCCCUGAGGCUGAUCCUGAUGUGUUACAGGUAAAGGUAGAGACACAAGAGCAGCUGAACCCAAUGGGAAGCUCAGAGAUUACAUUUACAGCCGGGGUAGAGAGUUGUCUGGAGCACAAGGCAAGCUGGGACCCAGGAAUGCACCGGAUUGAUUUAGCUCAGCAGAAUUUACCUGUUCCCGAAGCCAAGGCUUCCACACACACCCCGGAGUCUUCCCAAACCUCCAGCGCAUCUGCCGCAUUUUCACUUCCCAGGGAAAAGACUAAACCGCAAUCAAACGUGAGCCCGAGAAAUGGGCAGCGUUCAAUGAGGUGGAAAAUGACACAUUUCCCUUGUUCCAAGUGUGGAAUGACUUUCUCUACCAGGACAGAUCUUAUCAAGCACCUGUGUGUGGGGAAAAACGACAGCAUUUCUCAGCACUCUUCAGAAGUCGGCGACCCCCUCGGGGCAAAGGCGGAACGUUCCGGCCACGCGGAAGGGAAACCUUUCAAAUGCCAUGAAUGCGGGAUGGAUUUUGCGGAUGAGCCGUCUCUUCAGUCCCAUCAGACGCUGCACGCAGAGGAUAGACCGUUCCAGUGUAACCAGUGCGGGAGAAAGUUCUCUCUGCGGAGCAGCCUUUCCAAUCACGAGAGGAACCAGUCGUGCGAGCAGCCGUUCCGAUGCGAAGAGUGCGGCAAAAUCUUCUCCCGGAAGAGCAGCCUUCACAGCCAUCAAAAAAUCCACACGGGGGAGAGGCCGUUCAUCUGCAUGGAGUGCGGCAAAAGCUUCUACGAGAAGAGCGACCUCCGCAAGCACCAGAAGAGUCACACGGGGGAGAAACCCUUCAACUGCCCCGAAUGUGGGAAGAAGUUCUCUCUGGUGUGUAACCUUCACAAGCACCGCAAGCUGCACGAGAAGGAGCACGUUUCACCUAUGGAUAACGAUUUCCUUGACGGGAUGAUCUUCUGACCCGUGUUCCUUAAAUGUUCCUUUAUUUAUGGCGCCAGAACAAAAAAUGUUGUUGAGUUUUCUAUGUAUGUGAGUGUGCGAGUACUUCAGGCCUUCCUCAGGCAGCGUGUGAUCAUUUGUGCCCAGAGCGUGACUGCAAAGAGGGGCGACCCGUCCCCUAAUCUUUUCUGCAGCACAAGCAGUUUGUUCACAAACACAAAAUGUGUCUGGAAAUUGGGGAAGGAAUUGCUUAAAGUUAAGGAAGUUUUACCUGGAAUUUGACUCACGUUUCUUGCCCCCUGGAAUAUCACUAAGAUUUGUCAAUUUACAAGGUUGUCCUUGAAGGACAGAAUUUUGGGAAAACUUUAUGGCACUCGUGCUCACGCUUCUAAACCUUUGGCAACGUUUAUGCCAUCCCAAAACAAUUGGCAAAGUUUUAAAGCAUAAAGCCUUUAAGGAGUUUGUGAACCUUGCUCAGCUGUGAUCAGAAAGUACGUCUAGCAGCAAGCUGGGUGGCAGUGGGUGGCUGACCGCAUACUGGGUGACAGGGUGGGUGACCGUGGGUGGGUGACAGUGGGCUGGGUGGCAGUAAGGUGGGUGACAGCAGACUGGGUGACAGUAAGGUGGGUGACAGCAGACUGGGUGACAGUGGGCUGGGUGACAGUAAGGUGGGUGACAGCAGACUGGGUGACAGUGGGCUGGGUGACAGUAAGGUGGGUGACAGCAGACUGGGUGACCGUGGGUGGGUGACAGAAAGGUGGGUGACAGCAGACUGGGUGACAAUAAGGUGGGUGACAGUAAGGUGGGUGACAGCAGACUGGAUGACAGUGGGCUGGGUGGCAGUAAGGUGGGUGACAGCAGACUGGGUGACAGUAAGGUGGGUGACAGCAGACUGGGUGACAGUGGGCUGGGUGACAGUAAGGUGGGUGACAGCAGACUGGGUGACCGUGGGUGGGUGACAGAAAGGUGGGUGACAGCAGACUGGGUGACAAUAAGGUGGGUGACAGUAAGGUGGGUGACAGCAGACUGGAUGACAGUGGGCUGGGUGGCAGUAAGGUGGGUGACAGCAGACUGGGUGACAGUAAGGUGGGUGACAGUGGGCUGGGUGACAGUAAGGUGGGUGACAGCAGACUGGGUGACCGUGGGUGGGUGACAGUGGGCUGGGUGACAGUAAGGUGGGUGACAGUAAGGUGGGUGACAGCAGACUGGGUGACCGUGGGUGGGUGACAGUGGGCUGGGUGACAGUGGGCUGGGUGACCGUGGGCUGGGUGACAGUAAGGUGGGUGACAGCAGACUGGGUGACAGCGGGCUGGGUGACAGUAAGGUGGGUGACAGUAAGGUGGGUGACAGCAGACUGGGUGACCGUGGGCUGGGUGGCAGCGGACUGGGUGACUGUGGGUGGCUGACAGUGGGCUGGGUGUUUGUGGGCUGGCGUUCCCAAAUCUGCUUGUUUUAUUGGGGAGAUAUAUGGCGAGAGCAGAAAAGACUCCGUAGACUGCUGCAGCUGAAGCAAAGGGGUUUUAUGAACUAUACGGAAGUGGAAGUUCUGUGCACAAGUUCUAUGUUAUCAUCUUAAUCUAAAAUACCUGUUGGUUUCAAUAAAAGAGUUGUAACGUG